CGCAUGUUCCCUGUCCUGAAGUUCAACGUGUCAGGUCUGGACCCGGGUUCCAUGUACUCCUUCCUCCUGGACUUCAUCCCGGCCGACAGCUGCCGCUGGAAAUUUGUCAACGGCGAGUGGCUGACGGCCGGCCAGGCGGAAGGAGGCGGCGCGGCUCGGGACCAAGUCGGCAUCUACGUGCAUCCGGACUCGCCCAACUUUGGAGCUCAUUGGAUGAAGGAGACGGUGACCUUUGACAAGGUCAAACUAACCAACAAACGCAAUGCGGAAGGACAGAUUAUGUUAAACUCCCUUCAUAAAUACGAACCUCAUCUGCACAUAGUGUGCGUGGGCUCGCAGCGUCGUCUCGUUUCCAACGUGUCCUUCGAAGAGACUCAGUUCAUCGCCGUCACCGCCUAUCAGAACGACGAGAUCACAGCUCUGAAAAUCAAACAUAAUCCUUUCGCCAAAGCAUUCCUGGACACCAAAGACAGGAACCUGGGUGGGCGGGGCUUGGCAGAGCAAAUGGACGGUAAUGUCGGUAUUCCACCGUGUUGGUCUCUGUGUUCACCGGGUGGAGGUGCAACUUUUUCUUAUGGUGGGAGCCUUCCACUUCCAUCCCAUCAUCAACACGGAUACCGGCACCGUGGUUACGCUGGGCGACACUCUCCCUAUCACUACCUGCCACACUGCUCGCACCCCUCAGGUGUUCAGGUGUUAUCAGAGGGGUGGAGCUCUACCUUCUCCCAUCCCCCGACCAACAACAUGCCUCCAACUUUGGCCUCUAACAGCUCCAGCCAGUAUCCUUGUCUAUGGACAACUGGCUGCAGUGAGAUGAGCCCCUCCCCUUUGCCAUGUGAAAUUUUGCAAGGAUCAAUGAGCAGCGAGUACGUCAUGCAACCUCAUAGUGGUAAUCGAGCUGGUGGAGCAUGGUGGGCUUCUGACCCUGCUCAGUCUCUCUAACAAGGCACAUGAUUGCUUGAACAAAAUUCACCUUUGACCUAUGGAUAUCUAUUAUUUAUCACAGGCCUUAUCUGUAUUCAUCAUUAAUCAGCAUCUCUCAUUAGUGUACACGCAAAUUAUGUUCAUCUGGAAAAACUUAGUAGUAGUAAAGUAACACAGCACACCCUCACCCAUUUUGUCAGCAAAAAGGCAGCAAGAUGCCAGUGCACCAAACAUCAUUUCAAAGCCAGUAGGUAAGCAGACCUGCAGUUUAAGCACAUAGUGGAUUUGUAUUAGCUAACACUUAUAUUAGCAUUAGCUUGCUGUGAUGUCAUAAUACAGUUCGGCUAAGUUGUCGACGUCUAUUUGUGUUUUGUGGUGUCGUGUGGCAUCCUACAUUAUUUGACAAGUGUGAUUCGGUGUCUUGGUAAUGAAAAUUGUCUGAAGAGAAGAGAAAAUCAAAACAUUUUUACACCAAUAUAGGCAGAAAAUUAAGAUGGAAGACUUUGUUACUAAAAUACACAGUUAAUGGGUGACCAAGAAUUACCUGACUUUUUGGAUACAAUAAAUUAAGUCAUAGUUAAGUAUAAGUAUAUAUUUAGCUCGCAUACUGAUGGUGGGUUAAAGUAUGGGUACUUUCUUGUCAAUCAUUUGGUCCACUGAGCAUUUCCAUUUUAAAGACUCUAGCAGGAUUUGUGUGGUUAUACAAAUGAGAAUUAUGUAUUGGAAUAAACCUGAAUGUAUUUGACAUACACAUUUUAACAAAUUUAUCUUGACCUCAUUGACAAAUCUGUCUGAUUUAAAAAUUAAACAAGGCCUCUGUGUACAAAGGUCUGCUCAGCCCUGCUCUAAAUCAGUUUAUUUAGUGUGCUUUUUUUUUUUUUUUUAAUUAUGAUGUUUGUCGUGUUUGUUGAAACCAGUUUAGCUGUUGCACAGUGCUUUCCCAUGUUUCUAUGGAGUAAAAUAUAAUGAUAAUAAAUAAAAUCUAAUAACUGUG